AUGGAUUCUCUUCUGACCAUUCUCUUUUGUGCUUUCACUUUCUUCUCCUUCAACCUUGUCUCCUCCUAUGCCUCACAGCCAUCUUACAAAGAGCAUUGUGCUUCCACAGUUCCUGACUCCACGCCCACCACCAAACUCACCCACAACCCUUUCCCUCUUGCUGAUCAUCACAACGGUUUCUACAAAGGAGGUGAUACCAUCAUUGAUGUUGGUGCUUCUUGGCACCGUUUCUCCUUUCGCCUCUCAAAAAGGAGCACACUUGCAACUCAAACUCCAAACCUUUUCAAACUUCAAGCCACUCUAUCAUUUAGAAGCGCCAACACAUUCAGUGAUGGUUCAUAUUAUAUGGGUCAACGGCGUUACCGUAAAGGUUACGUAAGCUUCAAGCUUGAAGGGUUUUGGCAUGAACCUUCAGGGAAGGUCUGCAUGGUGGGGAUUAGCAGUGGUUACUCCAGAAAAGGUGACUCUCUCAACGUGAAUGCUGUUUUUAAGCUCAAUGAUGUGUUCAAUGUAAGUAAUAUCACUACCUUGGUCACUGGAAGCUUGGAGAACUUGAGUUCUGAAAAGGGUGAUGAUAGCUACUUUGAACCCAUUUCUGUGUUGAUGCUUCCAAAUGAAAAAUACAAUUAUACUAUGGAUUCUGCAGAAGUUGUCAAUGAGUUUUCUGAUGGGAGUGAUGCUGAGCAAGGAUUAGCAUUGAGUUUAGAUUCAUUGAGUUUUUGUAAGUAUCCCAUCUCUUCGGAGCUUAGAAGACUCCAAUUAGAGUACUCUCUUGAGUGCCAUGCUUCUAAGAAUUGCAGUAUAAGUGGAGGUUCUGAUAAACUUCCAUCUCUAAUGUCUUUGACGACCAUAGGGUGUUCUCUGACUACUAAGAAACAUAGAUUGAGGGUUCUGGUUGAAUUUCAAGAUAUUAAUUAUUAUGUGAUUAACCAGAGUUUUGAUCCCAAAACUAUGUUAGUAGGGGAAGGAUGGUGGGAUGAGAAGAACAACACGUUGUGUGUAGUUGCUUGCCAUAUUAUGGGCAAGUCAUCAUCCUUGGUUGGAACUCAUGUGGGUGAUUGCUCAGUAAGACUAAGAUUGAGAUUCCCCUCAAUUUUGUCAAUAAGAAACACCAGUGGCAUAGUGGGCCAAAUUUGGAGCAAUAAGAGUGGAAGUGAUUCAGGAUAUUUCAAGAUGGUAACAUUUAGGAAUGAUGAAGGUCGUGGGGUGGGAGUUCAUGGCUUAAAGUAUGAGUUUAGCCAUCUAGAAACGGUUAACAAAUUAUGUCCAAGGCCAACACAUAAGCCUAAUGAGAAGAGGAAGAGAUACCCAGAGGCCUAUUCUUAUAGCAUGAGAUUUGAUAUGUCAGUUAAAGAGUCCAUGAAAAGAGUAGGUUGGGGUUAUUCAGAACCCAUAGCUAUUGAUGAUGAAAUCUCUGAGUUUUCCCAAUAUAGAUCAUCUUCUUUCAUAAGUUUCUCAGAUGAAGUUCCUGAUGAAACCAUUGACAUCAACAACGGUAGCUUGUUUAACAUGAGCUACAUGAUCAGCCUCUCCGUUUCAAAGUCAGUUAACAAGAAUUCUGUGUUUAAUUUGUCCUCUGAGAGAGUGAAGAUCAUUGCAGAAGGAGUUUAUGAUGCUGGAGCAGGAACCUUGUGUAUGGUAGGUUGCCGUGAAUUGAACCCAAUCUCAAAAAAUGAGACACCAGUGGCUCAUUCUACGGACUGUGACAUUCUUCUGAAGAUUCAGUUUCCACCAUUGGACUCAAGUGAUAGAAGCUACAUUAAGGGAAGUAUUGAAAGCAGGCGCAAAGAAUCUGAUCCUCUAUACUUCAAGCGUUUAGACAUAUCAGCAGUUCCAUACAUAGCAGCAAGAAGAAAAAUUUGGAGAAUGGAUAUGGAAGUGAUCAUGGCUCUGAUAUCUAAAACUCUUGCAUGUGUUUUUGUGGGGUUGCAACUCUACAAGGUGAAGAGAGAACCAAAUGUGCUCCCCUUCAUCUCACUUAUUAUGAUCUCAAUUCUUACUUUGGGUCACAUGGUACCUCUUGUUCUGAAUUUUGAAGCUCUUCUUACUCAAAAUCCCAACAACAGAAGGCCAAUAUUUAGAAACAAUCCAUGGCUAGAAGUUAAUGAAAUAAGUGUGAGGCUGGUCACCAUGGUGGCUUUCUUGUUGCAAUUCAGGCUCCUGUAUCUCACCUGGUCAGCAAGAAAGAGUGGUGAAAGCAAGAACAGGCAAUGGAUUGCUGAGAGGAACACUGGUAUUGUUACUUUACUCUUGUAUGCAGCAGGGUUACUCGUUGCAUUCAUGUUGAAGUUGAAGAAGAAUGGAGACAAGGAUUCUGUAUAUAUUCCAAUGUACAACCAACCUUCAUCUUGGGAGAACAUAAAAUCUUAUGGUGGUUUGGUUUUGGAUGGUUUUCUCUUGCCACAAAUCAUUCUUAACCUGUUUUCAAAUAUGAGGGGCAAUGUUCUUUCAAGCUCUUUUUACUUUGGAACUACUUUUGUGAGAUUGCUGCCCCAUGCCUAUGAUCUUUACAGGACUCAUACUGAUGAUCAUCUUGAUAAUGGGUCAUACUACUAUGCUGAUCCAAGUGAAGACUUUUACUCAACAGCUUGGGAUAUUGUCAUUCCAUUGGGAGGUUUUUUCUUUGCUGUUGUUAUCUACUUGCAGCAACGUUUUGGUGCUCAUUAUAUUUUUCCCCAGAGAUUCAAAAGGGUAUAUCAGAAGGUUCCUGUUGUUACUGAUUCAGAAGCAGAUGUAGAGACAAUCAACAAGUAA